GCAAAAGUUCAAAUACGCCGCGAUCCCAGGACUGCGGAUUGGCCGUUCAUUGGGAACUUGCCGUUCGUGCUCACGCUGACAUUCGGAUACUGUUACAUUGUGAAAGUCGCCGGCCCGCGAUGGAUGGCGAAUAGGCCCGCAUUCAAUGUCAAGCCUUUGGUCCAACUCUAUAAUAUCAGCAUGGUUGUCUUCAACCUGUAUUUCAUGAUACAGUUUCUGAGGCAUAGCUACCUCGGCGGAGGCUACAAUAUCUUCUGUCAAGGGAUGACCCACUCGACUGACGAAAACUCUAUGAAAGUGCUGCGUCUCUGCUACUGGUACUUCUGGGUUCGCGUCGGGGAUUUCCUCGAUACGUUCUUCUUCCUUCUCCACAAGAAAUUUUCCCACAUAACGACGCUGCAUUACACCCACCACGCUCUGGUCGCCUGGUCCGGCUGGCUCUGGCUCACUUACGGCGCGGAUGGACAGACCUUGCUGGGAUUGAUCGUAAAUUCCGGAAUCCAUGUCGUCAUGUACACUUACUACUUCUUGGCCGCCCUCGGACCGCAGAUGCAGCCCUACCUCUGGUGGAAGAAAUACAUCACCAAAGCUCAAAUCACCCAAUUCGUCUUCUUGAUGAUUCAUAUCCUCAUACCCCUCGUCUACGACUGUGGUUACCCGAAGGGAAUGAUCUACUUGGCUUUCUCACAGGGAGCUCUGGGUCUGACCCUUUUCAUCAAUUUCUACAUCCAAUCGUACAUCAAGAAGAAGCCCACGAAGCAUAUUCGAGACAACGAGAGCGAGUCUGUUCCGCAGCUGUCCGGAAAGGCAGAAGGAGUUGAACGGGAAGAUGUUCGCAAAUCCAAGACCGCCUGAACUUGGAGCACGAGUAAAGCUAGUCCGGCCGGGGCUGGAUCCCGAGGCCAUCUUCGUAAGAUGUUAUAUCGGUGACAUCCGUAAUGAUCGCUUCGGAUUUUAUUUUUAGCGUUGGUUCCCAUCAGGGAGAUUUUUUUUCCUUGCAUAUUGCUGAAGUGGCGAGGAGCUGAAGACUGGAACUGAGCAUGUUCACAAUGCA